ACACUGGAAUCUGAAUGAAUAACUUUUUGGUUUAACUUUAAAUGUUGGUUUAUGAUGAUCUACAACAGGGGGCACGUGGCUUAGUGGUUAGCACUCCCACCCAGGGUUGGAGGCUUGAUUUCUGCUUCCAUCCUGUGUGUGUGUGUGUGUGUGUGUGGAGAUUGCAUGUUCUCCCUGUGCUUCAGGGGUUUCUUCCCCAGUCCAAAAAACAUGCAUUGUUUGCUAAUAGUCCAAAUUGUACCUAGUGUAUGAAUGUGUGUAUGAUUGUGCCCUGGGAUGGGUUGGCACCUUGUCCAGGGUGUCUCCAGCCUUGUGACCCAAGUCACCUGAGACAGGCUCCAGUCCCCUGUCACCCUGUGGGAUAAGCGGUACAGAAAAUGGAUGGAUAGAUGUUCUACAACAAGGUGGUGGAAGAAAACUGAUCUAAGCACAUAUGCUCCAGUAGAUGGCAAGAGAUAACUAAGCUACAAUACUCAUAACCGUACUUGUUUAUUUUCAUAGGUCUGGAAUUCACAAGUCUUAGGGCAUUCCCAAACGCUAUAUAUAAAUUUACAACAAAAGCCACUUAUUAGAGAUUCUUAACAGUAGCAGUAGCCUAUAAAUAUUUUGUUGAGGUCUUUUGUCUUUCAGUCUUAGCUAGUCUGAGGUGCUGUAUGUAGCAAUGUAGCAUGUGGCUUUGAAGUUGAUUGCUGGAAAGACUUGAAUCACAGAAUAAAUGUUUGACAGGGUGAAGUAGCAGUAAAAUAGUAAAAGAUCUCUUUCUCAAGAAGAGAUGAAAGAUGUAUUUUUGUCGCAAAGUAAUGUAGAAAUAGUCCCAGGCAUCAAGGGAGGUGUGUCCUGGGGUUGGAUAUUUCUCGUUUCAUUACAGCAAAUUGCAAGCAAAACAAACAAACAAACAAAAAAAAAACCCCAACAAAAAUCAGCAGUUUUUUCGGUUUAGCCGCGUGCUUAGAGUAACUUUUUUCAUUUGGCGUGUGGUGUGUGCCUAUUCACCGCUGGAGUGUGCAGUGUGUGUAUGUGUCGGGGGCGCUGAAUGCAGAGAAACACCCGUGCUACUCCUGGACGGUGUUUGUGUCAGAGUGCGCGUGUGCAUUAACGGUCCUGCUGCUUAACAUUAGUCAUCCUCCCGAGCUCGAACUGCACGCGACACGGAUCAGCGUGACUGAGCGGCGGUUCGGUCGCGAGCGAAUGCAGCCGGAGUAGAAGAAGAGAAGAAAAAAAAGGACAGAGAGACACACAAAGAAAUACUGUCUUACACGACUCUCAGCACCUCUGUUUUUGGACAGCGCAACAGAUUUUUUUUCUUUUUUUUCUUUCUUUCUUUCUUUUCUUUUUUUUUUUUUUUUUUUAGUUUCCGAGAUUUAUAAGAUUUGCGUCUUUUUCUUGCAAAAAAAAAAAUCGUCCUGUGGAGAGAGUUCGGUUCGGGGGAAGUCGACGAUUCGCAAGAAAGCAAAUAUCAACAGACGUAGUUGUAAACUGAAACCACAGACGGAAGUCACUCCAGAGGACAAAGCUGUAUCUCUGGCCUAAAGGGAGCUAUUGAAAAACCUGACCUCAAGGAGAUGAAUGUUUAUGGACUAUGAAAAAUGGAGUAAGAGACAGCACCUUCUUGUAAAGCCAAAUGUCUUUUUCACUUUACUGCACCUACCUUGGUAUAUUGAUAUAACAAUGAGCUUUAAAAUGCUUUUACACCCUUGAAAGGUGCAUCCAUUGCUCACCUUCUUAACCAAGUUAAAAAAAAAAAACACAGAAAGGUAGACAAAAGCUUGGCUGUUGCAAUGUCUCCACCCUUAUUAAGUGGAGUCAGAUGGACCAGUUGUUAUGGCUUAUGUUCACUGCUUGUUCUUCUUAGUCUCUUUCUGACCACUUUGGCAGCAAAACCCAAAGGACCAGGCCAUACACAUCUAAAUUCCAUUCGUAUCGAUGGAGACAUCUCCCUGGGAGGACUGUUCCCAGUGCAUGCAAGGGGCCAUGGUGGAAAGCCCUGUGGAGAACUGAAAAAGGAGAAGGGAAUUCAUCGUCUGGAGGCAAUGCUUUUUGCUCUGGACCGCAUCAACAAUGACCACGACUUGCUUCCCAACAUCACACUGGGGGCCCGUAUUCUGGAUACUUGUUCCCGAGAUACACAUGCUCUGGAGCAGUCGCUAACGUUUGUCCAGGCACUUAUAGAGAAGGAUGGGAUGGAUGUGAAGUGUGCCGAUGGUGGAUCUCCCAUCAUCACAAAGCCAGAGAGAGUUGUAGGUGUCAUUGGUGCUUCUUCUAGCUCAGUGUCCAUCAUGGUGGCUAAUAUCCUGCGUUUGUUUAAGAUCCCCCAGGUGAGCUAUGCAUCCACGGCACCAGAGUUGAGUGACAACACACGCUAUGACUUCUUCUCUCGAGUUGUUCCUCCAGACACUUACCAGGCCCAGGCUAUAGUGGACAUAGUGCGCCACAUGGGCUGGAACUAUGUGGCCACUGUUGCCUCAGAAGGAAAUUAUGGAGAAAGUGGAGUGGAUGCCUUUAUCCAGAAGACCCGUGAUGAUGGAAAUGUAUGUAUAUCACAGACAGUUAAAAUUCCUCGUGAGCCAAAACCAGGAGAGUUUGACAAGAUUAUCCAUACCCUUGGAGAAAAUUCUAAUGCCAGAGUGGUCAUAAUAUUUGCAAAUGAAGAUGAUAUAAGGCGACUCCUGCAGGCAGCAAAGAAAGCUAACCAAACAGGACAUUUUAUUUGGGUGGGAUCAGACAGCUGGGGUUCUAAGAUCUCUCCUGUGCUACACCAAGAGGAGAUGGCUGAGGGAGCUAUCACCAUCCUACCCAAACGCCAGUCUAUCAAAGGGUUUGAUAAUUACUUCAUCGGGCGGACGCUGGAAAACAACAGGAGGAAUGUCUGGUUUGCUGAAUUCUGGGAGAACAAUUUUAACUGCAAACUCAACCGCAAUGCCUUGAAGAAAGGAACUGGCAUUAAGAAAUGCACAAAUCAAGAGAGGAUUGGGAAAGAUUCUGCAUAUGAACAGGAGGGUAAAGUGAUGUUUGUGAUUAAUGCCGUGUAUGCCAUGGCCCAUGCCCUCCAUAACAUGCACAGAGACCUGUGUCCUGGAAAGGUAGGACUUUGUUCCAAAAUGGACCCUAUCGAUGGAAGCCUCCUUCUUAAGUACAUCCGCAAAGUCAAUGUCACAGUGACAGCUGGCAAUCCAGUGCAGUUUAAUGAGAAUGGAGAUGCCCCAGGUCGUUAUGAUAUAUUCCAGUAUCAGAUAAAUAACAAAACCACUGAGUACAAAAUCAUUGGCAACUGGACUGACAAACUCAACCUUAACAUCUCCAUGAUGCAGUGGCCGGGUGGUGUGCAGAAGGUGCCCUACUCCAACUGCAGCCAACCCUGCAAGCCAGGCUGGCGGAAAAAGCUUGUGAAAGGCAUUCCCUGCUGUUGGCACUGUGAGCGUUGUGAAGGAUAUCAGUACCAAGCCGACCCAUUCACUUGCAAGAUGUGUCGCUUUGACCUUCGCCCCAACAAGAACCACACAGGCUGCCAGCCCAUCCCUAUCAUCAAGCUGGAAUGGAGCUCACCCUGGGUGGUCAUACCUGUUUUUCUUGCUAUUCUAGGCAUCAUGGCUACACUGUUUGUAGUGGUCACUUUCAUACGCUACAAUGAUACACCAAUUGUUAAGGCAUCAGGACGGGAGCUCAGCUAUGUCUUACUGACAGGCAUUUUCCUUUGCUAUGCUACCACUUUCCUGAUGAUUGCCACUCCUGAUGUUGGGAUUUGUUCAUUCAGACACAUUUUUCUUGGCCUUGGAAUGAGUAUAAGUUAUGCUGCAUUGCUUACCAAGACCAACCGCAUUUACCGUAUUUUUGAGCAAGGGAAGAUGUCAGUGAGUGCCCCACGGUUCAUUAGCCCAGCCUCCCAGUUGGUUAUCACGUUCAUCCUGAUCUCACUCCAGCUCUUGGGAGUGUGUAUCUGGUUUGUGGUAGACCCUCCCCAGGCUUUUGUGGACUAUGAAGACCAACGCAUGUCAAACCCAGAUAUGGCACGAGGUGUGCUCAAGUGUGAUAUCUCAGACUUGUCACUCAUCUGCCUGCUGGGAUACAGCAUGCUGCUGAUGGUCACAUGUACGGUCUAUGCCAUUAAGACACGUGGGGUGCCUGAGACCUUCAAUGAGGCAAAGCCUAUUGGCUUCACCAUGUACACCACCUGCAUCAUCUGGCUUGCAUUUAUCCCCAUCUUCUUUGGCACGUCACAAUCAACGGAAAAGAUGUACAUCCAGACGACCACUCUUACCAUUUCAGUCAGCCUGAGUGCCUCUGUGUCUCUGGGAUUGCUCUACAUGCCCAAAGUCUAUGUGGUGCUCCUCCACCCUGAGCAGAAUGUGACUAAACGCAGCACUCGUAGCCUGAAGGCCGUGGUCACUGCCGCUACAAUGUCCAACAAAUUCAACCCCAAGGCCAACCUCAGACCCAAUGGAGAGGCCAAGACUGAGCUGUGUGAGAACCUGGAAACUCAAGGACUUAGCCCCAGACAAACAUACAUCAGCUACAGCAACCACACAAUGUAACAGAAUGCAGAUUGCAACUGACAACCAUCACAUCAUGAUGACAGGAAGUCAGACCAUCACAGUUGACUACUCUCAUGGUUUUCAUACAGACAAGUGAUAUGGAAGAGAACCUGGGCAGUAUACAGAAAUAUUCUAGUGAAGACUAGAUAAAGAUUCUAAGGGGACAUCUUUAUGCCUCAGGACAUGACUCAUAACUUUAUCUAGUUAUUCCAAAGGAUCUGCCCAGCAGAAAAGCACAAGAAGCAAGUCUAGGUCACUGCUAUGGACCUCAGUGAUCAGAUGAGUUUCAGUGCAAACAAAGCAAGAAACCUCCUGGAAAAGGACUUACAAAUUGUUAUGAACAGUGGUGCAUGUGUUAACCGGAGAAUGUAAAAGUAAACUUGUAUGCAAUGUUUCUCUGUUCUAACUGGUAUUUGAACAAUUAUAUGUCUGUUUGCUUAUUCAGAAUAGACAAUGAUUUGACCUGAUGGAUUCCCAGUGCUCUAAAAUCCUAUAUAGACAAUAUAUUGUGCUGAAGAAAUCAGUCACUUCAAACCCCCUUUGCUGAGUGUUAUUCAAGUCUGCCACGUCAUUUCCAAUAACCAGUUCUAGCUUGGUCAGGCACUUUUUUCUUUAAAAAUUAUAGAUUUAGAUCUUCUCUCUGCUUUGGAUACAAUAAAUAAAUAUCUGUUAACGGUUUCCUUUUGCCGAGGUCAGGUUCAAGGGGGAAAAGGUUGACUUAGAAAGAUUUGGAUUGUAUUGGAUCUCAACCACAAUUGUCACCAGAGUAGAAGAUAGGCUGAGACUUAUGGUAAAUUUAUUUCAUUAAAUCUCAGUAAUAUAGUUAAAAACAAAUCAAUUUCUGUUGGCUGUAUAUUUCUUCAGUGACAAUGAGGUGUUUAAAAACCCUAGCAACACUGCUGCACCUGAUACACUCACACCAUGUCAUCAACCAAAUAAUAUGUAGUCCUCUGUGGUCCUAGUGGUUACUUAUCCAUUGAUGGACAGAGUACGGUUAUAAAUUGUGUAUAAGAACAGAGGCAACAGUCAACAACUGUAUAACUAAAAAGUGCAACUAUAUGGUAGAUGUUCCAGAAUAAAAUGGCCAAUGACUGUAGCUACAAAGUAGUUGUGUGCAAUAAAAUGGCAACCGAGUGUAUCAUGUUUGAUGUGUGGACCUACAAUACUAAUAAGUAUUUUUUUUUAUAGGUAACCCAUAAUUGCAGUAAUGCAGUUUCCUGUGGAGAACACUUUGGAUCCAAGGGCCAAUUGGUAAUCCCUAAAUGAGUAUUAAAGUCCUAAAAUGCAAAGUUAUAAGUCAAAGUGUGAUCAAUCAUGCUUUUUCUAGAUUAUCAUUUCUUUGCUACGAUUUUUUAAACAUCUUUACCCAUUAAAAACAAUGAAAAUUAAAAUGUUCUAAAUAAUAAUCCUAAGCAUAGGACUACAAACAUUCAUAAAAUAAUUGACAAAAUUUUUAAAUAUAUUACUAUACUGUGAUCUAAUCUUUGUGUGUGUGUGUGUGUGUGUGUGUGUGUGUCUGUGUGUGGGUGUGUAUGAGUGUGGGUGUGUGUAUGUGUGUAUGCACUAAUGUAUUGAAACAUUUGAUUGUUUAAUUGCAACUAUGUGUAAUUGUGCA